AUUGUAUGGAUAGAAGAGAGGAAGGAGAGGGAUUGAACAGAGACAAGAACAAUUAUUUUACAGAUGGAAUGUUUUUGCAUAGGAGACGCAAGAGGGUUGGCAGAAAAAGAAAAGAAUGUAAAACAUUAAUUUAGUUUGGGAAAAAAAAAUUAAUUGGGGAGUAAAAGAGCUGGUACGGAUGUAGAGAUGGGAUUUGAGAAAACCUUUACUUUUAGUUGAUUGUUUUAAUUAAAAUAUAUUAUUAAAAGUUUUUAAAGAAAAUUGGCAAGUGGCAGUAUCCUAUUGGCUUGAUAUAAUGAGGUGAAAAACUGACGGGGCAUCCCCGGGCCAGGAACCCAUCAAACAGUCAAUCUCUUCCUCCUAUUUUGUCUCCAUCCUAAAAUCCUAACCUCCAAAACCAUUUCUCAAUCUCUCUCUUUCUCUCUGCAUCCAUGGAUUCAUCAGAAACUCCAGUUGUCAUGUACUUCUUCCCAUUUGUAGGGGACAUAGCAAGAGUCUUCUCCUCCCACGGAGCCAAAGCCACAAUCCUAACCACCACACCCGCCAACGGCCUGCGUUUCCGAAGCUCCAUCCGCCGCGACCAAAGCCUCAACCUCCCGAUCACCAUCCGCGUCCUCGACCUCCCAAACGACGCCGUCUCGCCCGACUCCUCCAUGUCCGCAGCCCCCUUCACAGACACCUCCGUCCUCCGAGAACCCUUCAAGCUUUUCCUCACCCAAAACCUACCCGACUGCAUCGUCAUCGACGUCUUCCACCGCUGGGCGGCUGAUGUCAUCGACGGGCUUAACAUCAAACGAGUGGUGUUCAAUGGAAAUGGCUUCUUCUCUCGCUGCGUCAGCGAGUGUAUCGGCCGAUACGCGCCGCAUGAGCAACUGGGUUCUGAUUCUGAGCCAUUUCUGGUGCCUCAAAUUCCUGAUAGGAUCGAAUUGACGAGGUCUCAGCUGCCCCCAUUUGCAAGAAACAAACCAGGGCUUCCUGAUAAAAUUGGAAAAGCAGAGGAGAAGGCUUUUGGGGUUGUGGUGAAUAGUUUCUAUGAAUUGGAGCCAAAAUAUGUGGAGUAUUUUAAGACUGUGUUGGGGAAAAAGGCAUGGCUUGUUGGCCCAGUUUCUCUGUGCAACAGAAACAAUGCCGAUAAGACUGAGAGAGGCCAAGCAGCCUCAGUUGAUGAACAGAGCCUCCGAAAUUGUUUGAGCUGGUUGGAUUCUAAAGAACCCAACUCGGUCGUUUACAUCAGUUUCGGCAGCUUGGCUCGGUUGCCGCCCGCCCAGCUCCUCGAGAUCGCACAUGGGCUCGAGGCCUCGACCCACAAUUUCAUUUGGGUUGUUGGGAAGAUUUUUAGAUGCGCAGAGAACGAAGGUCAUGUUGGGGACGACGAGAAUUGGGUUCCUCUGGGAUUUGAAGAGAGAAUGAUGGAGAUGAAGAGAGGGAUUUUGAUAAGGGGAUGGGCCCCGCAGAUAUUGAUGCUGGAGCAUGGCGCUGUUGGGGGGUUUAUGAGCCACUGUGGCUGGAACUCGACGUUGGAGAGUGUGACUGCUGGGGUCCCCAUGAUGACGUGGCCGCUGUCGGCGGAGCAAUUCUACAAUGAGAAGCUGAUAACUGAUGUGUUGGGGAUUGGAGUCCAGGUUGGGAGCAAAGAGUGGGUGUCGUGGAAUGCGGAGAGGGAGGAGUUGGUGGGGAGAGAGAAGGUGGAAGCGGUGGUGAGGAGGGUGAUGGGUGGCGGUGAGGAGGCGGAGGAGAUGAGGAAGCAAGCGAGAGCGCUUGCGGAGAAGGCUAGGAGAGCCGUCGAAGAAGGUGGUUCCUCGUAUGAAGGGGUGGAUGCUUUGAUUUCAGAGCUCAAAUCAUUGAGAAAGAAUUAGUCAGCAAAGUUAAUGAUUUUCCAUAAAUGGGGCCAACAUGCUGUAUAAUCACAUGUCCCAUUUGUAGAAACGUUGUAGCAAUAAUGCACUUUAUAUCAGCGGACGGGUGGACUGGCUUGAGUUAGGAUAGGUAGCCAGAACAGUAUGUAAGUGAUUUACAUCCUCUAUAUGUGACCUUCAUGUCCAUACCAGUAUCACAAACACAAACAUAAACAUAAAAAGCACCACCACCCGAAUUUUUCUAAAACCCUACACCUCUUCAUCUUCAUUU